AUGAUUACGAUCAAAAACAAUUUUGGCUUCAGGCAGAACAAUUUAAGUUUUUAUCGUCCGAUUUUGAUCAUUCUCCAAUUGUGCGGAUACGAUUUCGAUUAUUACAACAUCAAUUUGGUGUUGAACGUUUUAACGAAAGCCUACUGCGCUAGUUUGACCUGCGUCGUCGUGUAUGCAACCAUUGCAUGCUGCUCUUCGAUACAGCUCUCGCAUAUUUGGUCGUUAAUUGAAUACGGUACUUCGGUCGUGAUAAUUGCGUGUUUCAGAAGCCAAACUAAACUAUUCUUGAAACAGCUAACGACUUUAGACGUAUAUCUGAGGAUCAGUAAUAGGAGAUUCGUGUUGGAGAAAUGCAAAAUUUUCACUAUCACCUCGGUGAUAUUUCUGUUGAGAAUCGUCUACACAUCGAUAUACUGUAGCACCCAUCACUGUUUUAACGUGUUAAUCUAUUUUCUGUUAAGCCAAUUCGCUUUGGUGUGCUUAGAUGUGAAUAGGAUUUGGAGAUGCAUAGUCUUUGACGCAAUAAGGUAUAGAUUGAAAACUCUUCGUUUGAGAAUGGAGGAGAAUCCUGACUGUAAUUAUUAUUUGUACGUAAAGAACAAUAAGAGUAUUAGGAAGAACAAGAUUAGCUUCUGCCUGUUUCUGUACAGGACUAUAGCCGAUUUAGUCGAUUUGGUUUCACCGGAAUUGAACGUGUCGCUAUUCCUGAGCGUCGCCUGCAGUCUACCGAAAAUCGUCUCUAACGCCUACCACUUACUGUUAAUUAUCGAGGAUCGGGAACCGUUGGAGACUGGUGGAUACGUCCUCAUGCACACGCUGCAAGUAUCAUUGCUACUUUUCACACCAUUCAUAAUUGUCGAGUGCUACACUAUGGAAGUUGAAAAAAUUAAGCUGUAUCUUGUGCAUAGACUGAUCGACGAGAACGAUACGACAAUGCGAGACAAUAUCAGACUCUUCCUCGAAUACAUGAGUGUGAGAACAUUCAGGUACAGGAUUUUUAGAAUUGUGCCGGUAAAUGCUACACUGCCACUGGAAUUGGUGAACUUGUGCGUCAAUUACGUCAUCGUUCUUAUCAACUUCACACAUUUGUAUGGCUGAGAAUGUUCGCGAAUCAUCUAUGAGAGUAGACAUUCUAUUGUCAGAAAAAUAGCAAGCCUAAUUUUGGUAUGAUUGUUUAUAAUUAAAUAGUAAUUACACUAGGGUUUACGUAGGCUUUGGCAUGUGUUGUUGCUGUUAGG